AUGCGUCUUACUACAUCCGGACAUCUUCGGUUGUACUACCUGGCCAGUCAAUGUCUAAUCUUGCAAGCCGCCCUUUUCGACAGCACCAAGCAUGACCCAGUACCCAAUGUUGAAGAAAUUGGACAAGCUUUUCAGUCUCCCCAAAUGACCAUCUCCUCGCGGUCCGAUGGCACAAGGAGCAGUCAGGUCCAAUCUAAUGGGCCAAAAAUUACGAACCAGGAUGGCAGUCUCGCUGAUGUCGAUCGGAACUUGCCCCAUAGCCCUGGCGAGGCACGCAGAUCACGUCCAGGCCCUGGGGGUCGAUCCAAGUUGCUCGAAAAGUGGCCAGACAGGGUCCAGAAAUUCAAGUCAUACUUCAAAAGAGUCAAGUCGGAGUAUAGGAGCCUGAUCCGGUCAGCCAAGGAUUUCCUAAACCUAUUCGAGCGGUACAAAGAUGUAGCAAUCUUCUCGGAGAUAGAUCAUCUGAAAGAGAUCAUUGGAGAGGCGCAUGAUUACUAUAAACUCCUAGGCACUACGAAACAGAAGGAAUUUUGGAAUUUGUUCGAGAAAGAAGGAAAAUCUGAACGCGGCGCGCUUUUUCCCCGGCUGGCGAAGACUUCUACCUUCGGCCGAAAAGGAAAAGACGAUCUUGCCCAGGCUAUACUCGACAACGAGCCCAAAGUUCGUACUUCUAGGGCGAUGGCGGCCUUUGCCCUCGAAACCCUUGCUAGCAUCGAAAAAGGUAAAGCUAAAUACGACGAAGCCCUAGCGAGCUCGACCAAGUUGGUCGAAGAUUUUGUUCGGACGUUCGCAAACAAUCGAAAAGUCUCCGACGUAUCCCAAAGGAUUAGGCAUUGGAAAUCGAAGCAUCCAUCAGAAAUUCCAUCCUCAUUGCAACAUCCAUACCAGGUGGUCUUUGCCGAUCUCUUUGGCCCAGGUGAUAUAGCCAAGCCUGAGAAGGAUGAUUCUGAGGGUUUUCGGAGGUUCCAAAAGCUUUGGCAAGUUACCAACAAACAAAUGCUCGCGAUUUGGGAGGUAUCCACUCAGGCCAAGAAAAUGCUCGCCGAUCUCUACACGGCAGAGGAGAUUAACGCUCAGCGUGGUUCGUCACUCUGGAGAUUUUUAAGGCCAGCAGCUAAAUACAAGCAAGAAAUUGAGCAAUCGCAUAAACUACAGAGAGAAAUCCAUGAUAAAUUAUCCGAUGUCUUCGAAAACCCGAAAGAAUUAAAGAAGAAAAUGGCAGACAUAGCUGCUGCAAAGACUACUGAUGAAGAAUGGGCUGAUAAAUGCUUUAACAAUGUCCACUACCAUUUGCUGCCAUUCAUCGAUCCUCUGCGUGCUUGUCGGAGACACGAAGACUAUCCGGACAUAACACCUUUGCUUAAUGACUUCGGCAUCUCCUCCUCUAUCAGAGCCAUGAAGAGAUUGAUGGAAUUGAGCGAGGCACUGGUUCCACAUCUGAGGGUACUAUACAAGCAGCAGAUGAUUGCGCGGGACUUCCGGACAGAGCUCGAGGCUCGCUUGAACGGUGCAAGUCAAUACCGGCUAUGGAAUCAUCUAAAAAAAAUCGUCGAAAUUGAUAAAUCCUCAACUCCCAAGCGUCAAUCAUUGCACAGGUUCUUGCUAGAUGCCGCAAAGAGCUAUAUCUUGAGUUUUAUUAACAAAUUCAGGCGAAAGUGA